AGCCGAGGCAGGCUGUGUGUGAAUGGGGGAGACGCGCCGCGCACAUCGUCCCUCUCUGGAUUAUUGUUCCUCUCUUUAACGCAUGACAUUUGUACCUGUGCGGACCCUCACCUCCCUCACCUCCGCCCCCCCCCCGCUCCUCACUGAGGAGGAGAAGAAAGGCAGCGGCGGCAGAGCGCGUGGGACCGUGGAUUUAAAUAACUGAUUGGACUUUCUGCGCGUGCCCGUGCAGCCAUGCUCCAUUGAAGCUGACUCUUCAUCAGACCUGCAGUCAGCUCUUCUCUCCUCCUCCUCCUCCUCCCCUCCCCUCCUCUCCUCCUCCAUCCCUCCAUCCUCCCCUCUUCCUCCUCCUCCUCUCUCUUUCCACCAUGCUCCUCUUCCUCCUCCUCUCCCUCCUCCUCCUGUCCUCCCCCCUCCUCUCCGCCCCGGCUGUUCCUCCCCCUCCCUCCGCGGCGGCGGCCAGGGUGGUGUACCGGGCGUUCGACACCUCCCUCACCCACCUGACGGUCCACCGGAGGACGGGGGAGGUUUACGUCGGCGCCGUGAACCGCGUGCUGAAGCUGUCGGCCAAUCUGACGGAGCUCCGGAGUCACAUGACCGGACCGGUGGAGGACAACGCCAAGUGUUACCCCCCGCCCAGCGUCAGGGCCUGCGCCCACCGGCUGGAGUCUUCAGACAACGUGAACAAGCUCUUACUGGUGGAUUAUACUGGGAACCGGCUGGUGGCGUGCGGGUCGAUCUGGCAGGGCGUCUGUCAGUUCCUCCGACUGGACGAUCUGUUCAAACUGGGAGAGCCGCAUCACCGCAAAGAGCACUACCUGUCUGGAGCCAGAGAGGCUGAUGGGAUGGCAGGCGUCGUCGUUGGUGAGGACGACUGGACGGCCGAUCCGAAGAGGAAGAAGCCGUUGAAGGGCGGCAGCCGCCUGUUCAUCGGCGCCGCCAUCGACGGAAAGUCUGAGUAUUUCCCCACGCUGUCCAGCAGGAAGCUGGUGGCGGACGAGGAGAGCGUCAACAUGUUCUCGCUGGUCUACCAGGACGAGUUUGUCUCCUCACAGAUCAAGAUCCCGUCGGACACGCUGUCGCUCUACCCGGCCUUCGACAUCUACUACGUCUACGGCUUCUCCAGCCGCACAUACGUCUACUUCCUGACUCUGCAGCUGGACACGCAGCUGACGCAGAUGGACGCCGGCGGAGAGAAGUUCUUCACCUCCAAGAUCGUCAGGAUGUGCUCCAACGACACCGAGUUCUACUCCUACGUGGAGUUUCCUCUGGGCUGCACCAAAGACGGCGUCGAGUACCGACUCGUGCAGGCCGCCUACAAACAGAAACCGGGACGCCGGCUGGCGCAGGCGCUCGGCCUGUCCGAGGACGACGACGUCCUCUUCGUCGUCUUCUCACAGGGUCAGAAGAAUCGCUCUAACCCUCCCAGAGAGACUGUCCUCUGUCUGUUCACCCUCCACGACAUCAACCUCGUCAUGAGAGAGAGGAUCCGCUCAUGUUACCGCGGCGAGGGACGACUCUCGUUACCGUGGUUACUCAACAAAGAGCUGCCCUGCAUCCACACGCCGAAGCAGAUCGGAGACGAUUUCUGCGGCCUGGUGUUGAACCAGCCGCUGGGAGGCCUGAGGGUCAUCGAGGGAAACCCGCUGUACGAGGACCGCACCGAGGGCAUGGGCGCCGUCGCCGCGUACACCUACGGAGAGCACACGGUGGUGUUUGUGGGAACCCGGAGCGGACAGCUGAAGAAGAUCCGCGUGGAUGGGAUCCCUCCGCCGGCCCAGAAUGCAUUGCUGUAUGAGACGGUGACAGUGGUGGAAGGGAAGCCGAUCCUGAGAGACAUGGUGUUCAGUCCAGACCAUCAGUACAUCUACCUGCUGAGUGACAGACAGGUGAGCAGACUGCCAGUGGAGAGCUGUGAGCAGUACAGCAGCUGCUCCGACUGUCUGGGAUCAGGAGACCCUCACUGCGGGUGGUGUGUCCUCUUCAACAAGUGUUCCAGACAGGAAGCAUGUGACAAAUGGGAGGAGCCUCAGCACUUCAACACCCGGCUGGACCAAUGUGUCAACAUCUCUGUAUCCCCUAGCGACAUGUCAGUCACCUCCCCGGCAACCCAGUUAACCAUCCAAGUGCAGAACGUCCCGGCGUUGUCGGGGGGCGUGUCCUGUGUGUUUGAGGACCUGAGUGAAACCCCCGGAGAGGUUCUGGCUAAAGGUCAGGUGAUGUGUAUGUCACCGUCACUGAGAGAGCUGCCGACACACACACACUCCUACGGAGAGAAACGUGUCGUUCAGCUCAGCCUUCGAUCCACUGAGACCGGACACCACUUCAUCACCACCAGCUUCAUCUACUACAACUGCUCUGUGCUCAACUCGUGUACUUCCUGUGUCAGCAGUGAGUUUCCGUGUCAUUGGUGUAAAUAUCGUCACAUCUGCACCAACAACCUGCAGGACUGCUCUUUCCAGGAGGGCCGAGUCAGCAGCAUGGAGGGUUGUCCUCAGAUCCUCCCCACCUCUGACAUCCUGGUCCCGGCCGGGAUGGUUCGUCCAAUCACGUUGCGAGCUCGCAACCUCCCCCAACCUCAGUCGGGUCAGAAGAACUACGAGUGCGUGUUUAACAUCCAGGGGAAAGUUCAACGCAUACCUGCGGUCCGCUUCAACUCCUCCUGCAUCCAGUGCCAGAACACCUCGUAUUGGUAUGAGGGGGACGAGGCCGGCGAUCUCCCGGUGGAUUUCUCGAUCGUCUGGGAUGGAGAUUUCUUCAUCGACAAGCCUGCAACUAUGAAAGCGUUGCUCUAUAAGUGCGAGGCUCAGCGCUCCAGCUGCGGCCAGUGCCUCAAAGCGCCCGCCGCCUUCGAGUGCGGAUGGUGCACCGAAACCAGGAAGUGUCUCCUGCGCCAACACUGCCCGUCUCCCGAACAGAACUGGAUGCACCACGGCCGGCACAACCUGCGCUGCAGCCACCCGCGCAUCAGCAAGAUUGACCCUCUGACUGGCCCUCGGGAGGGGGGGACACGGGUGACGAUCGAGGGGGAGAACCUGGGUCUGCAGGUGAAGGAGAUCGCUCACGUCCAGGUGGCAGGAGUCCGCUGUAACCCCGUCCCCUCGCAGUACAUCAGCGCCGAGAGGAUCGUGUGCGACAUGGCCGAGGCCCUCCUCCCUCACUCUCCCGGCGGUCCCGUUGAGCUCUGCAUCGGCGUCUGCAGCGCCGAGUAUCGGACGCUGUCCACCCAGACGUACUCCUUCGUGAGCCCCAGUUUCAGUCGUGUCCUCCCAGAGAAGGGACCUGUUUCUGGGGGAACCAGACUGACGGUGACGGGUCGACAUCUGGACGCCGGCAGCAGUGUCACCGUUUACAUCGACAAGGAGGAGUGUCUGUUUGUGAAACGCACCAAUCGGGAAAUAAUCUGCAUAACUCCCGCCUCUGUGUCGGGCUCUGGCCCCGCCCCCAUCCGGCUGAUGAUUGACAGGGCCGAGGUGACGAGCUCUGACACCAAAUACAUCUACACCGAGGACCCGACCAUCACCAGCAUCGAGCCAAACUGGACCAUCCUCAAUGGCAGUACAGUGAUCACAGUGACGGGAACCAACCUGUUGACCAUCCAGGAGCCCAAAGUCAGAGCCAAGUACGGAGGAGUGGAAACCAACAAUUUCUGCACUGUAGUUAACGACAGUACGAUGACGUGUUUGGCUCCUGGUUUGGUCUACAGUAAACCAAACCCACCAGAGGGGGCGCUGCGCCCUGAUGAGUUUGGCUUCAUCUUUGACCAGGUCUCCUCUCUGCUGGUCCUCAACUCCACCCCCUUCACACACUACCCCAACCCGACCUUUGACGCCCUGGGGAAUUCUGGGAUCCUGGAGGUCAAACCAGGGUCACCCAUCAUCCUCAAGGGUAAGAACCUGAUCCCUCCGGCUCCCGGGAACAACCGUCUGAACUACACGGUCCUGAUCGGAGAGUCUCCCUGCCUGCUGACCGUGUCAGAGAACCAGCUGCUCUGUGAUUCGCCAGAUCUCACCGGAGAACAGCGAGUCCUGAUCCUCGUUGGUGGUCUGGAGUACUCCCCGGGUACGCUCCAUAUCUACUCCGACAGCGCCCUGACGCUGCCCGCCAUCAUCGGUAUCGGAGCGGGUGGAGGCGUGCUACUCAUAGCGAUCAUCGCCGUGCUCAUCGCCUACAAGAGGAAGACUCGCGAUGCCGACCGGACGCUGAAGCGCCUCCAGCUGCAGAUGGACAACCUGGAGAGCCGGGUGGCGCUAGAGUGCAAGGAGGCCUUUGCAGAGCUGCAGACGGACAUCCAGGAGCUGACCAACGACAUGGACGGAGUGAAGAUUCCCUUCCUGGAGUAUCGGACCUACACCAUGAGAGUCAUGUUCCCUGGAAUAGAAGAGCACCCCGUCCUCAAAGAGCUGGACUCUCCAGCCAACGUAGAGAAAGCUCUGCGUCUCUUCAGCCAGUUACUGAACAACAAGAUGUUCCUGCUGACCUUCAUCCACACGCUGGAGGCUCAGAGGUCGUUCUCCAUGAGAGACCGGGGCAACGUCGCCUCGCUGCUCAUGGCUGCUCUGCAGGGUCGUAUGGAAUAUGCUACAGUGGUGUUAAAGCAGCUGCUGGCCGACCUGAUCGAGAAGAACCUGGAGAACAGAAACCAUCCCAAACUGCUGCUGAGGAGGACGGAGUCUGUAGCUGAGAAGAUGCUGACAAACUGGUUCACCUUCCUGCUGCAUCGAUUCCUCAAGGAGUGUGCAGGUGAGCCUCUCUUCAUGCUGUACUGUGCCAUAAAGCAGCAGAUGGAGAAAGGGCCGAUCGACGCCAUCACCGGAGAGGCUCGCUACUCUCUGAGUGAAGACAAACUCAUCAGACAGCAGAUCGACUACAAACAGCUGACUCUGAUGUGUAUCCCCCCGGAGGGCGAGGCGGGGACGGAGGUGCCGGUGAAGGUGCUGAACUGUGACACGGUGACUCAGGUCAAAGACAAACUGCUGGAUGCCGUUUAUAAAGGAAUCCCGUUCUCUCAGAGACCUCAGGCCGACGACAUGGACCUCGAGUGGCGUCAGGGUCGACUGACCAGGAUCAUCCUGCAGGAUGAAGACGUGACCACCAAGAUAGAGAGCGACUGGAAGAGACUGAACACACUGGCUCACUACCAGGUAACAGACGGCUCCCUGGUGGCGCUGGUCCAGAAGCAGGUUUCCGCCUACAACAUUGCCAACUCCUUCACCUUCACCAGAUCGCUGAGCAGAUACGAGUCGUUACUUCGAACAUCCAGCAGUCCUGACAGUCUGAGAUCCAGAGCUCCGAUGAUCACCCCGGACCAGGAGACAGGGACUAAACUGUGGCACCUGGUGAAGAAUCACGAGCACAGUGAUCAGAGAGAAGGAGACCGAGGCAGCAAGAUGGUUUCUGAGAUCUACCUGACCAGACUGCUGGCAACCAAGGGGACGCUGCAAAAGUUUGUGGACGACCUGUUUGAGACAGUGUUUAGCACCGCCCACCGAGGCUCUGCUCUCCCAUUGGCUAUCAAAUACAUGUUCGACUUCCUGGAUGAGCAAGCCGACAAACGACAGAUCAGCGACCCGGAUGUCCGACACACCUGGAAGAGCAACUGCCUUCCUCUCAGGUUCUGGGUGAACGUCAUAAAGAAUCCUCAGUUUGUGUUUGACAUCCAUAAGAGCAGCAUCACCGACGCGUGUCUGUCGGUCGUCGCUCAGACCUUCAUGGACUCUUGCUCGACGUCCGAACACCGGCUCGGCAAAGACUCUCCGUCCAACAAGCUGCUCUAUGCUAAAGACAUCCCCAACUACAAGAGCUGGGUGGAGAGGUACUACAGGGAUAUUGCCAAGAUGCCCAGCAUCAGUGAUCAGGACAUGGACGCCUACCUGGUGGAACAGUCCCGUCUCCAUGGCAACGAGUUUAACACACUGAGUGCGCUCAGUGAGCUCUACUUCUACAUCAACAAGUACAAGGAAGAGAUCCUGACGGCAUUGGACCGGGAUGGGUACUGUCGCAAACACAAACUGAGGCACAAACUGGAGCAAGCCAUCAACCUGAUGUCUGGGAGCAGCUGAGAGGAGGCGAAGGACGAAUGGACUGAUGGACCGAUGGAUGGAUGGGGGGAUGGGAAAGAAGAAUGGGGGAUGGGGAAUUGAGGGCAUUUUGUUUUUCUGAACUGUUUUAACAGUCAGCUGAACUGCUCAGUGUUGGACCGAACUGACAGCCACAGCUCCGGCCCUUUAGGAAUCAAUCUAUCAGCAAUUUAUUUGUCGAUUGAUCGAUUGAUUUGAAGACUGAUUAACUGGCUGGCUGAGGCCCCAACUACCUCCGUUCGGUUGGUUUUUUGGGGUGGAAAAUCAGUUUCCAAACCGAUUUGGAUACAUUUACGACAUGAAUUCAACAUGUUAUUGCAAAUAAACUAACCUUCUAGAUGCAUCUGUCGGUUUGGAUUUGGAUUUAAAUUCACUGCAGGUGUAAGCAGGGAUCCAAGUAAAGGGGGCGUGGCUGUGGAAAGACCUGAAAACUAGGCUAAAGACUGCGUCAGGUUUCACCAAACAAUGGAUAUGGCGUGAGGACUGAUCGACCUGACUUCAGGAUUUGCAGCCUGGUACAGAUGCUGGGUUGAAGAGCAAAAGGUCAAGUCAAGUUUCCGUCAAAGCUAUGGACUUCACCGUGAAAGGCUUGUUCUGGUCUGAAGGAUCAAGAAACUAAGCUGUGUGUCCGAAAGUCACAGUGAAAUUGCAGCAGACUUGACCUUACCUAAAGAGCCUCAUUGUAGUCUGGACAAAUCCUGGCUGAAAAUCAAAAGGUCAAGUAGAGGCUCAAUGCAGAAAUUUGAAGCCUCUUUACUGAUGUCUUUAUUUUGGCCCCGUUUAUCCUCACCCUGAGUCCUUCGCCUUGUUUGGAAGGAUCCUGAUUAAGACGUUCAGGUCAAGCUUUAAGGAAGGAAGUGUCACAGUCCAUCUUGAACUCGUUUGCGAAGGAUUCAGGAGGUUGUUUCAAGCUUUAAUGAAGGAGAAGGAAGCAAAUAAAUUGAUGUCCCAAAAACUGAUGGCUUGGCCUGACCAUGAAAUCACUGCUUUGUCUCGAAAGGAAUCCAGGUGGAAAAUACGGGCACUGAAUGAGCUGAGACAAUUUGACUUGACCUUGGACUGUUCAGCUUCAGCCUCGUCAGGAUCUAGAAGUUUCUAAGUUGCUGUUUUAAAUAACCACUCAAUGUUUUUUCUCUGGACAAUCACUCUGUACCACAGCACACUGAGCCCGAUGCCUACUGACCGACCAGUACCUGUGUCCAUAAACCCGUCCUCUCCUCCCGCCAUCUUCUUUUCCUUUCCUUCCCUCCUCAACUUCUCCAACUUUGCUUAACCCAUUUCCUAAUUUUGUCUAUCUUCCCCUCUUUCCAUCCAUUUCCUCUUUCACCCCACUUUUAUUCUUCCCUCCCCCCCGACCCUGCUCCGUCAUUGGUCAGUCAUGCUGGCCUCUGGUCACCCUACUGGCCAGGAAGACUCUUUAGUAAUUUACUGCCCGACCAAUCAAGACUGUGGAAUUCACCGGAAUCGUGAAUAAUUAAACAGAAAUGAAUCCAGAAUUACAUUUUGAAUACAUUCCAGCACAGGCACACCGGCAAGGUCUGUAAAUAAGCAGGUUGACUUGCUAUAUUUUCAGAAGCGACGAACUUCUGAAAGUGGACUGACUGGCAAUUUCAGGACCAGAACAACCUGGAAAAUGGGGUUCUGGAUUCAGCACCAGUCGGUAAACUUUGAUGCUGGUUGGUGCAGAUCACUUUAUCGUCAGACCUUGCACAUACGCCCACAUACAGCCAUGCUUUACAGCGCCAUGCUAACCGUGCCCAGGGGGAAAUACUGUGCAGAGCUACAAGCCCAGUGCCAUGUAAAGACCGGACCGGAUCACGUCAGAACUGGACCGGACUUGGACCAAACCCGGAUAAAAAACAACCUGGAAUGGGGUUUUAACCGGACUGUACUCAAGAACUUUUAAGACUUGUGGCCAUAAUUGUAAACAACAAAAAAAGAAAGAUGAUAAUAAUAAUAAUGAUAAAGUAUAAAAAAGAAUACAAAAAGAAAGGAAAAAAAAGAAAUAUUGAAAUGUUAACAUGUAAUAAGAACUUUGUGGAUUUGACAGUAUGGAUUUUAAGGAGCUGAACUUGUAUAAAGCUGAACAUUAUGCUACAUCAGAGUCUGGAGGAAGAGAGAGAGAGCCAGGAGACUGAGACCGAAACAACCCCAUCCUCACACCACCGGACUAAACCGGAUCGAACUGGAGUUAACCGGACUGUUUGGAACCUGAACUGAAUCUCAGCUCUGUGUGUCGAAGAUGGAAUACAAACAUUUUUUGGUACUUUUUUUUGCCAAACUGGAUGUUUGUUUGAAGUGAACAGGAGGGUAUCAGACGGAGGGGUGGACUGGAGGUUUGGGUGGUGUUUGGAGGGGUUAAAUUGUUGCAUGUGUAGCUUCUGGUGGAGUCUUUGUUUUGAUGAGCUCUUGUUGCGCUCUUGUACAUCCUAAAGAAGAAUGAGGGUGCUUUCACACUGCCAGCUCAGUCUACAACCUUCAAAUUAUACUUCAGUCCACCUGGAUGGUCCAAGACAAGCAGCAACCCUCUUGACGCUGGUAAACAGAACAGACAGAGUUCGAACCAAAACUGAACGCAGUGUGAAACGCUCUCAUUCUCUGUAUGAAAUGUAGGAUGAAGGACUUUCUAACAAGGCAACGCUGCACCCCCUCAUCCCCUCAUACACCUCUUUCUUUCUGUGGUUGAACAUUUUCACUUUGCACAGCUGGAUUGUUCAAAAAGUCCAUUUUAGGUCCAACGUUUGUCAAAAUUAUAGUUCACUGAUGAUACUUGACCUUUUGAAUCCACACUGCCGGCACCAGUGACUUAAAUCAGAUUUUUUUUUGCUCAUAUGUGACUCAGAUCUGACAGCGUGAUCAACACAGACCACAUGAUCUGAUCUUUUCAGAUUUCAGAUGAUGAAUGGGGCCACUUUCAUAUGUUGUCCAAAUCAUAUAAAGGUCUGAAUUUUUGUAGUGUGACCAGUGCCUGAAUUGGGCCGGUACUUACCAGUACUGAGCACUUCUUAUUGGGUAAUGCCAACUGUGGUGAGCAUGGCCGUACCCACUACUGAGGUUUCCAUAAGGUAUAAAAUAAAAUAAAAGUCAUGAAAUAUUUGCCUAAAUUACCUUGAUGCCUCCAAUCCAGCUCUAGCAAGUUCAGUGUUUGAAUCUCAGUAUUUCUAAAAUACUGCGUACAGCAGUGCUGGUGAGGUAAUCCUAAACAUCCACCUAACUGCAUCUCUGUGUAAACACACAGCGUAACGCUUAGAAAACACUGAAAAUGUCCUGUAAUUGUAUUGGUACCUUUUUUGGUCCAAUCCAGGCACCGCAUGCAACCUCAGUGUGACUUUUACGUCACUUUUGAUCUACAUUCGUCAUGCAUGUAACCUGUUCAUUAUGAAAUAAUCAGAUCUGAGCAAUAAAUCAGAAUUGAGUGCUAAUGCUUGCAAUGUGAACGAAGCCAAAAACCUUCUGCAAGCAAAAUUCUUCUUGCAAAUUACUUAAUUUCAACGUCCACAAUCAGCAUCAGUUUACCCAUCUGUACGUAUUUCCACUUCUGUUUGUAGUUUUUUGACAUAUGACCGCUGCAGAAAAUGGAAACCAUGUCGCGUUGAUGUGUUUAAAAGCACCAUCAGGUCUUUGAGACUGUGCAUGCAGGCAGGUGUGUUGAGUGAAAACGUUCCACCACAGCUGAAGCGUGUCUCUUUUGGCUCUCUGCGAUGCCAUAAAGCUACAAAGCACCUUUUUUUUAUUGCUGUUGUUUCACUGUCGUUUGAAUCUUUGGGGCCAAAAGGACUCGAGUGAGGAGGAAGAGUAGGAGGAGGAGGAAGGGUCCUGAUAAAAGACUGCCUUUUAGAUGAUUAAUUAUAGAACAGGGAGGGAAGCCACUACCAUACCAAUACCACUGUUCAUCCAACCUGUGUGUGUGUGUGUGUGUGUGUGUGUGUGUGUGUGUGUGUGUGUGUGUGUGUGUGUGUUGUGUACUGCCGCAGUGGAAACUCAACCAUUAAAUCACUGAUCGUAUCUGCAGCUCAAUUAAAAAUCUUUCUCUUUACAGUCGCGCCAUGUAAAUCAGCAGAUUGCUAUCUUCAGUACUUUUGAAAUCUCUGAUCAGAUGUUUUUUUUCUUUAGAGAUAAAAAUCUCAGAUUGGCCUUUAAACUCAAAGUCAUCGAUAAGCCAUAAAUCGAUGAUAAAGUAAAACUGAGCGUCAUUAGAUGUGUCCUCGUCGCCAUUUUGAUCACAAUUUACCUCGUUGUUGGCGAGAUGGGAGUUAAGAGGAGGAGAGGAGUUUCUGUCAGCAUGCUGAAGGGUGAGGAGGGGGAGGAGAAUGUGAAGGAAGGGAAAGGGAUGAUGCAUAGACAAUGUAGAGGAGAAGGAAACGCCCGCUGCAUGCUGAAAAGUGAGGAAGAGGAGAAAUUACUAUUCGAUUGCAGAGGAGGAGGAGAGAGGAGGUUCUAUCAGGCAAAAAGGUUAAGAGGAGGAGGAGAAACCCUCCUGAUGUUCUGCCAACGCAGAGGAGAAAUAAAGAGUAGAACACACGAGGAUCAGGAUGAAAGAGGAGGUCAGAGUCUCUUUUUGCAUGCUAACGUGAGAGGGAGGAGGAGGAGGAGGAGGGAUGGAAGGAGACGCUGCUGGAAUACUGAGAGCAGGAGUGAGGGAGGAGAGAGAGAGAAUACUGAUCAGGGAGUAAAAGACGGAGGCAACGUCAUCCAUCAAACCAGCUGAGGAAGGAAAGGUCUGUGAGAGGAGGGAGAAGAAACACUCCCAGUGCAGAGAGCUGAGGAGAAAAUGGCCAAAUCCAAGAUCCAGGACUGUUACUUGUCCCGGUCCUGGAUGACCAUCAGGUUCAGGCGUCUAACAACACGUUAUGUAACAAACAGCAUGAACACAAUAUGUAGUAAAUUAUUAUAAAACGAAUGUUACAGAAUGCAGGAGUUGGACUUUUUAUGAUGAGAAUGUAAUAAUAUGCUUCAUUAUGUAAUAACUAACUAAACAUAAUGUUGACAACUUAAUUAAACUUCCCAAAUGUUAAAUUAGACUCCUAUGAUGGAGUUAUAGUUUAAAUAUUAAAUAUUUCUAGCUGGUUCGACUGCAGCAGUGGUCUGUUGAGAUGCUUCCCCUUAAAAACUGCAUCAGAAAGUUCCACACAUUGUCACAGCCGCCACAACCCGUAAUCACUGAUUACAGGAUGAGGAGAAUUUAUUCCAUAUUCCAAUAAACAGCCUGAACACAAUAUGAGGCAGAUGUUUAGAGAAAGCGUUGUUGUUAUAUAAUGAAUCAGACUUUCACUCAUUUUGGACCCUGUUUACACAACGGUUGUUGCGCUUUGGUUCACAAAAUUCACAAAUUUGCGUUAAUUGUUACAAUCGCAAAAAUCGCAACUUCCUGCAGGGACGGCUUUAUAGUAACACUCCCACUUUGCUGUCCGUCCAGACACAAUGAUCGGUUUUCAAGCAUUCAGCUCUUCCUGUCUACACUCACCGCGCUGUAGAGCUGUAAAGUCACAUCGCCACCUACUGGCCCGGCAUGCAUAUGUUUUUACAACGUGUUCACAUGAACGUGGAACUUUUUUAACAUGCAAUGGAAGCUAUCAUAUCGGCACUAGUAUCCACAAACAGCCCUGAGCUGUUUGUAUCUCUGCAGUUUAUCUUCAAGCCAUCAGUGUUGCAUAUUUUAAACUUUCUUUGAAAUGUUUUGGUUUCCUCUGACAUCCAAACCCGGACCGUCCAGGACUAAACCUCUAAUACAGUUUGAAUUUGGCCGAAAGAAAUCAAUGUUUGGAUGUUUUUCCACUGUGGUAGCAAACUGUGUGUGUGUGUGUGUGUGUGUGUGUGUGUGUGUGUGUGUGUGUGUGUGUGUGUUUUCAGUGUUGUUUCUCUACACACACAUUUUAACAUCGUAUCCAUCUGAACACACACACAGCUGGGAGGACGUAACAAAGACUGAAGAGGCCGGUGGGAGGACCGGUCUAAUUCCUGAAACAGCAGAUGAAAACAAACAGGGAUUGGACUGAUACCUCGUUUAACUGCUUACACACACACACACCUGCACACACACACACACACACACACACACACACACACACACACUACACACACACACACGGACGGCUCAGAGUUUUUAACGCUCUCCGGCGGUGAGAUAUUUAUUGAUUCUUUUCUUUUUUCUUUUAAUUUAUUUUUAUGAGUUAAUAUUUAUUGAGGGAGGAUGUACACGAUUUUAUUAGUUUGUACAGCGUUAAAGAGAAAGAACGUCGUACUUUUACUCUAAAAACACAUUUUAACACAUAAUAACACAUCUGUGUGCAGGCUGGGAAACGACCGCCGUCAUUUUAAAUUAAAAAGGUUUUUUUAUUCUGAUCCCUUGGAUGAGUGAAACCUUUCAACUGCAGCCACAUUAAAGUCUGUAGUGAAGCUGUAAUCUCAGAAAACUUAUUAUAAAAGGUGGAAGAGUGGAGUUGAGGUCAUUUCCCAUCCUGUCCAUGUUCAAAUCCAUCGGCCUGUCCGAUAACUGAGGCAGACGGAUCGAUCUAUUUGAUUAGAAUCAUCCAUCACACCCACCUCACGCACACAGCGAACAGUCAGAGGAGUCAACUUCGACUCUUAAUCCAGACGAUGUUUCCAGGAGUUAAUAAGCAGAGAGGGGAGCAGGGACAGAAAACAGCAGGCAAACAGGGUCUCCCAUUGAAAAUCAGUGGGGCAGGAACUAAUCUCCUAUUGGAAUAAAACUGAACUCUUCUGAUCCCUCAGUGGAAAUACAUGGAAGUUGAUUUUAUGUGAACCUAGCAACCAAACAAAUGGGAUCCAUUGAUUGGAGCUGAUCUCCCACUGGUUUAAAACGCCAUUUUUUUUGAGUCUCUGAUAUAAAACCAAUGGUAACCAAUGGUAACCGAUCCAUUUAUAAUCAAUGGGAGUUUGAGAAGCAGGUCAUAGUGCUCUCUGACUGGAAGUCAAUCAACAUCCCAUUGAUUUUAGAAUCCAUGUCCUACCAAAGGGAAACAGUCAAAAUUUGAUUUUCUUUUAAAAUCUCCCAUUGAAAAUAAAUGGAGGCUGAUUUUAUGUGAUCCUGGCGAUCAAAAUACUAAAUGAUAAAAGAUUUUUAGGAAACUCACAUUUCAAGUCACCGGACCCAUUUAUUUCAGCCCCACUGAUCUCCCAUUUGAAACCAUGGUAACCAAUGAUCAAUACGACGAAUAACACAAAUAAUAACUUAAAGUUUAUACCGAUGGGAGAUUAAAUCCAGUGGUAGUUCCAUGACUGCCCCUUCAGUGGGAGCCUCAGUAAUCAGAAGACUCUGCUCCUCCAUUGAUAAUCAAUCGAUUAAGAACCCCCUCCCCCAUUAAGCCCCUCCCACCCCUGCAGACUCCUGACGGUUGAUUGAGUCGAGCCGACAGCCAAUCCCAGCGGGCUUCAUUGUACCAUAGCAACAGCAAAUCACUGGACUCCCCACUGAGCUUGAACAGGGAGUCAGAUGUCUUUAUUGUACCAUAAUAUGAUUAUUAGUACUAUGAUUAUAAUUAUUAUAAUUCUGAGUCGGUGCUUCUCGGCUGCUGCGGGAUCAGAAACCACCAAAUAACUUCUUUAUCUGUAAGCACUUUUCUGAACAAAGUCUUGGAUUUAAAACACCAACAAACAAAAAGAUCUCGGCAAGUCGUUUCCCGUUUGGUCCCCGUUCGGGUCUCCGAGCCGCCGGUCGAGAAGCGCCGCUCACACUGGAUCUUGUGUCUUAGUUCAGGAUGGGAUUGUUCAUUCAGGCGGCGCUCCAGGUGUCGGAUCACGAGGCUUCAUUGUCGCUUUUGACGGGUCCGCUGUGAUGUCAUGUAGCCUGGUCGUCGCCCACAAACAAAAAGGUUAAACGACAUCAUUCAGGUUCCUCAAACCUCCAGCUUCCCUUAUAGUUUCAGCUGUUUGCAUCCAGUCCGACACGAACCCGAGAAACCGUCCUGAACCUGUUCAAACCACCAAGAUCUAAACAGUGGAUGGUAAACAGUCAAUGUAUGACAACCACAACGCUGAUGCAGGCCCAAAGGGGAAAUUACGCUAUUGAUUAUAGAUUACUGAUUGAAUCAACUAGAUAUAGAACAUAGAGUUUAUACACUGUUUAAUAAGGAAAUGUUACAGUUUAUAGAUUGAACACAUCAUUCACAUGUAAACACAUGUUCUGAUGCAACCGUUAAUUAUUGAAGUCUCGAACUUUGUCAACUACUGUCGAGCAAACGAUGACAUCACAGCGCUCCGAUCCUCCCAAUCCCGAACGACGCCUCGUGAUCCGCCUCCCGCUGCACCACAGCGCCGCUGUUCAUUCACGCUGCCUGGAAUAACUGUUGUUUUCACUGCAGACGCAGACACACACAUCGCCUUGAUGCAGUGCUUUCCAGGAUGUAGUCAGGGCCCAUUUUUUGAUACCAUUUGCCAUUGCCUUGUUUUUAUUUUUUUAUUUUCGCUGAGUUAAAAUGUAAUGAUGACGAUGAUGAUGAUGAUGAAUCUUCUUCAUGUAAUAGCCUGUGUCAGUUUUUAUACCAUUGCCAUUGCCUUCUGCUGAGUUUGUAUAUUUGUGUGAUUUCACUAAAGUGUAAUGGAAAAGUU